AUGAACUCUGAAUUAUAUACUGAUAGAGUACUUUUAGAAGAAAUAAAAAAAAAAUCAGAUUCCAUGAGAAGUUAAAGAUAAUUAAAAUCAUGUCCAGCUUAUUUUAAAACAUUACAAUUUCAAAAAUAUUAAAAUAUUUAGUAAUCAGAACAUUGUUAAUAAUUUUCUAAAGCAAACCCUUUAAAUGUUUUCAUAAAAAUAAUUAGAUUCAUUACAUUAAUAACACAAUCAGUAUUUCCAUAGGAUUUUAAGUAUUUGGAUUCGAAUAUGUUUAAAAUAAUUGGUGAUAAAGCUGCUGAUUUUAGCUAUUAUGUGAAAAAUGAUUACUUUAAAUAUAUAGUAAAUAUUAUUUAAUCAUAGAAAGCUGCUCCAGAAUCCAAGAUAUAACACCUAUUAUCAAUGACUAUACUGAGAUACUAAACUGUACAAGAAUUGAUUGAGUACUUAUCGCAUAGUAAAUUUCUUUUUAAGCCUGAAUAAACUAAGAUUCUUAUUUGGAAUGUAUACUUGCUUAUAAUGAUAAAUUUUAACUUUUUAUAUUGUUCGAUAAAAUUUGCAUUUCAUUUUGAAGAAAGGUAACCAGAAUAUUAUAAGGAGGGGGAAAUAUUAUUGUUAAUAAUUCCAUUUAUAAGUUAUUUAAUUGAUAUUUUAGUGAAAUUAAAUAGUUGUUAUUAUGAGUCAGGUUAUUUGGUGUCAGAUAGAAAAAAGAUUAUUAAACAUUUUUAUCGUUCAAAUGAAUGCAUAAUUGAUUCAUUAAUAAUAAUUAUAUCAUUAGGUUAUUUUUUUGAUGCAGAUAGUAACUAUAUUUUAUCUUUGUUUAUGAUAAUAAAAAUAUUGGAUGUUCCAUAAAGAGUAGGAUUGAUAUUAAAUAAAUUAGAAUUAACAACAAAUUAUUGGGCAAUAUAUGAUUUAAUAAGAUUGUUAUAUUUAAUAAUAAUAGAAGCUCAUACAUUUUGUUGUUUUUUGUAUUUUGUUGGUAAAUAGAAUAAGAAUGUUUCAUGGAUUAUAAAAGAAGAUUUGAUGGAAGCAGAUUUAAUAACAAGUUAUGUAAUAAGAUAAUAUUAAUUUUAAGUUGACAACAUUUUAUUGGAGUGUAAUAACAAUGACAACAAUAGGAUAUGGAGAUUUUACACCAUAGAAUUUAAGUGAAAGGGUUUUGAUAAUAUUUGUAGCAAUAGUAUCAUGUUGUACUUUUGGUUUUUUUGUAUCAUCAAUAGGAUAAAUAAUAUAUUCAAUAUAAAAAAAGGAAUAAUAGAUAAGAUUGGAUUUGAAUGAUUUAAAAAAGUAUCUUAGAGUUAGAGGUUUUAAUUCAGAAUUACAAAUAAAAAUUAGAAGAUAUUUUGAAUAUUUAUGGAAUGAUUGUAUGGGAUAAGAAUAAUUGGAUAUGUCUAAAUUAUAAUAGUAAUUACCUAGUAAUUUGUAUAAUGUAAUAAUAUAAAAAAGGAUUUUAGGAAAUGAUAUUAGAUUUAAAUAUGAAGAGUAUAUCAAAGAUUCCAUUUUUUCAUGAUAAUUUUAAUUCUGAUUUUUUAUAAGCUUUGGCUGGUGAUUUUGAAGAGGAGAAAUUAACACCUUGGUAAAGUAUAUUUACGAAAGGAGAAUAAAGUUUAUAUUUAUAUAUACUUUGUGAAGGAGAAGUAGAAUAUUAUGUAUUACUUCCCGAAGGUUCUGGGAAUUGUAUAUCAAUAUAGAAAAUGGAGGGAUAAGAUGAAAUAUUUGGAUAAUAAGAUUUUUUAUUAGAUUAAAAUUAUUCAAUUAAUUGUAGAACAACUAAACCAUCAAGAAUAUUAAAAAUACAUAGAGAUUAAUUUUAAUAAAUAGCUAAAAAAUAUGGUUAUGUAUAAUUAAAUAUUGAAAUUAGGAAAAAUAUUGUUAGUUAAAAGAUUUAGUCAAAUUUUCAGGAAGAUUUGAUGAGUUUCAUAUUUAAUGUAUAGGAUGUAAUAAAUCAACUCAUUUACUUUACAAUUGUCCAAUGUUAACAGGAUUUCCAAGUAGAACUAAAACUUUAUUAAAAUAUAAGAAGAAAUAUUCUUAGGAAAGAAAGAUUAUUUAGAGAACUAAUUUAGAAAAGAGGAUUUCAACUUUAAGUUUGGAAUGUAAAAUAGCGGAUAGUGUUUUAUAUUAUUUAUUAAAAGAUCCAAAGAUGUCAGAAUAAUUUAAUAAUUAAAUUAAAAGGAAUAUGUAAUCUUCUUAAAAUGGAUCUUUAAGAAAGUCAUAAAAAAAAAUAACUAAUCCUAAAAGAGGAGUACCGAUAUUUUUAAGUUAAGAAUAAAUUUCGCGUACAUUAGAAAGUAAUAAAGAAGAAAAUAUUGGAUUUUAAUUUAGUAAAGGAAAUAUUAAAUAUGACAGGAAAAUGACGUUAUUGGAUUAAGAAAUUAGUUUUGAUGAAAGUUCUAAAAUAUUUUAAGCUAUUAAUAAAUAGUUUAUAACUAAAGGAAGUUUUAGUCCAAAUGCUUUAUAACAUAAUGAAGUAAUUUAAGAAGUGGAUAAUGAUUAAGAAGAUGAGAUAACAUUAUUAAUUGAAUCUAAAAGUAAUUAAAUUUAUAUUUAUAAAGGAGAAUAUCAUUAAGAAUCUAUGGGAAGAUAUAAAGAUAUUUUUGACUGUUUUGAAAAUCAAAGAGAUUAUGAAUUGUAUAUGCCACAUAUGAACUUUAAAUUAAUUUAAGAACUCUUUCAAAAGAGUAGAGAAAUUGAUAGCUUUCAUAAUUUUUUUGAUGUAAAUAUUGUAAGAAGAAAAUGGAAAAAAUCAAAAAUAAUUAUUGUCUUAGAAUCUUGA